CUAGGCAGUGUUGUUAACGAAAGAAAAUAAGUCUAUCAGUUCCACUUAGAUAACCUUUGGUAAUAAACGAACUCCAUACACGUUGUGACCUUAGCGCCUGAACUUUCUAAUCACAUGACUGGCUUGUAAACUGACCUGUGAGGAUGACUGUCGUAGUCCCAGCUAAGAGAGAGAAAUUGGCCAAGUGUCGGAAGGGUGGUCAUCAAGCUGGACUUGUCCCGUAAUCUCUGUUUCUUCAUGGCUGCGAUAGAACUUCUCAACAGACUCCGAGAAGCAUGAAAUGGAGACAUGGGAAGUUUCUGUUCCAGAUGAUCGGGCUGAACAACGAACCUGUCUCAUUUGUGGGGACCGUGCCACAGGAUUGCACUAUGGAAUCAUCUCCUGUGAGGGAUGCAAAGGGUUUUUCAAGCGGAGCAUUUGCAACAAGCGGGUGUAUCGGUGCAGUCGUGACAAGAACUGUGUCAUGUCUCGGAAGCAGAGGAACAGGUGCCAGUACUGCCGCCUGCUCAAAUGCCUCCAGAUGGGGAUGAAUCGGAAGGCAAUCAGAGAAGAUGGCAUGCCCGGAGGCCGGAAUAAGAGCAUUGGGCCGGUCCAGAUAUCAGAGGAGGAGAUCGAAAGGAUCAUGUCUGGGCAGGAAUUUGAGGAAGAGGCCAAUCACUGGAGCAACCAUGGUGACAGCGACCACAGUUCCCCUGGGAACAGGGCCUCAGAGAGCAACCAGCCCUCACCGGGCUCCACACUGUCCUCCAGUAGGUCUGUGGAACUAAAUGGAUUCAUGGCAUUCAGAGAGCAGUACAUGGGGAUGUCUGUGCCUCCACACUAUCAAUACAUACCGCACCUUUUUAGCUAUUCCGCCCACUCGCCACUUCUGCCCCCACAAGCUCGCAGCCUGGAUCCUCAGUCGUACAGUCUGAUUCACCAGCUGGUAUCAGCGGAGGACCUGGAGCCAUUGGGCACGCCCAUGUUGAUUGAAGAUGGGUAUGCUGUGACUCAGGCAGAGCUGUUUGCCCUGCUUUGCCGCCUAGCUGAUGAGCUGCUCUUUAGGCAGAUUGCUUGGAUCAAGAAACUGCCUUUCUUCUGCGAGCUCUCAAUCAAGGAUUACACGUGCCUCCUGAGCUCUACAUGGCAAGAAUUAAUCCUGCUGUCUUCCCUCACUGUUUAUAGCAAACAGAUCUUUGGGGAGCUGGCUGAUGUCACUGCCAAGUAUUCACCCUCUGAUGAGGAACUACACAGAUUUAGUGAUGAAGGGAUGGAGGUGAUCGAGAGGCUCAUCUACCUAUAUCACAAGUUCCAUCAGCUAAAGGUCAGCAAUGAAGAGUACGCUUGCAUGAAAGCAAUUAACUUCUUAAAUCAAGAUAUCAGGGGCCUGACCAGUGCCUCACAGCUGGAACAACUGAACAAGCGAUAUUGGUACAUUUGCCAGGAUUUCACUGAAUAUAAAUACACACAUCAGCCGAACCGCUUUCCUGACCUCAUGAUGUGCUUACCUGAGAUUCGCUAUAUUGCAGGAAAGAUGGUGAAUGUGCCCCUGGAGCAGCUGCCUCUCCUCUUUAAGGUGGUACUGCAUUCCUGCAAGACAAGUGUGGGCAAGGAAUGACCUGUUCCCAGCGCCCCACCUCAGGCCAACUGCAACGCCUUGGGUGGGCAGGACAGGCUCCAGAAGAAAGAGCCAGAGAGACCAAGGUGGAGGCUGUGGAGCAGUGUUUCCAGUCGCCUCCAUAGCAAGAAGAGUUUUUGUUUGUUUGUCUGUUUUUUUAACCUCAUUUUUCUAUAUAUUUAUUUCACGACAGAGUUGAAUGUAUGGCCUUCAACAUGAUGCACAUGCUUUUGUGUAAAUGCAGCCGAUGCAUUUCCUUGCAGUUUACAGAAUGUGAAGAUGUUUAAUGUUA